AUGGCUUGGGCAUCUGACUCGACGCUUCGCGCUUUUCUUGGGUCGUCAGCCGUAUAUCCAGGCCAACAUAAGGUCGUAGCUGCAAUAAAUACAGAUGAGUCAGCCCCGGAAGAAGCCAGAGAGGUGGUCACGCACGUCGGUUUCUCGAAUCACCCUGGGACUGGGUGCGACGAAAACGCGGACUUUCUCGUCGAGAAGGCGGUAGUUGGCCCUGCCAUUGACAACGUGCCUACCGGGCGCGCCCGUGCGGUGACCACCUGGCAGGAAGGCCUGUCGCGCUUCCUCAUCCCGCAACCGGAUCCAUUUGCAGGAGACAAGCCCGACAGUGUGGUGGAGAACGAAGAAGCAAACAGCAAUGACGGCGAUGCAUCACCAGAGCGAAAAGCUUGCAUAGGCGUCCCCGUCGCUAUGUGGGACUUCGAUCAUUGUGAUCCCCGACGUUGCUCAGGAAAGAGACUUGCACGUGCCGGGCUUAUAAAGGAGCUUCGCAUCGGAUCCAAGUUUCGGGGCAUUGUUGUCUCGCCAAAAGGUACACUAGUGAUCAGCCCCGCGGAUCGCGACAUCAUUGCUGCUGACGGCGUCGCUGUUGUUGAGUGCUCUUGGGCGCGUCUUGAAGAAAUCCCAUUCUCAAAAAUAGCUAGCCCACACGAGCGUCUCCUGCCUUAUCUCAUUGCAACGAACCCUACCAACUAUGGCAAACCGUGGCGACUCAACUGUGUUGAGGCCCUUGCAGCUGCCUUCUUCAUUGUCGGCUUUGAUGAGUAUGCGAGUACGUUACUCGCCGAGUUUGGCUGGGGUCAUUCAUUUUGGAAGGUUAACCAGUAUGGCACAUUUUGCGAGCAGAUUAUGCCAGACCUCGUUGACUGUUGUCACAGACCAUAUCUUGAACGAUACAAGACCUGCAAGUCGGCAGAGGAAGUAAAGGACAUGCAAGAACGCAUCAUUGGAGAACUCGAGGAGAGCUACGAGCAGUCAAGAAAAGAAAAAUAUGAAACGGAUGACCUCCUCAUGCCCAACCCAAAUCAUGCCAAUUGGAAAACCGAAGAUGAGGAGGAGGACGAGGACGAGGAAAGCGACGAGGAGAGCUAGGAUCAGCCCGAGAGAUUUACCAUGGUUGUGUAGAUUAAUAUUUUGUUGUACAAGUAGAUAAGGGCGAUCAUCAUAAGGUUAGGGUCCAUUGAUAAUGAAUUUGUGACUCG